GAUUGGCACCGUAUCGUACGAUUGUUUUUCUGUGGACAACUAUUAAGUUGCCUGGCUGGAACAAUAACAAACUUUAAUAAAUGAACGCGUUUUCAUAGACACCGAUCGUCGAGCUGUGUCCCAAUAAUAGCAAAUUCGUCUUAAUUCCGUACGUGUGUGAAAGUUUAAUAUCGUUGUAAAAAAUUUAAAUAUAUCCUAUUAAAAUAUAAAAUGGAUCGUCCUAUUGGUGCUUUCGUAAAUCCCUUUGGCCAGCGUCCCUGGAUGGCACAGACUGGUGCUGCAGCUCCUAGUGGUGGUGGUAAAGGUGUGAAAGGUAUUAUUGCUGGAGGUAUUACCGGUGGUAUCGAAAUUUGCAUCACCUAUCCCACGGAAUAUGUCAAGACACAGUUGCAAUUGGACGAGAAAGGUGCUAACAAACGAUACAACGGCAUUGGUGACUGUGUGAAAAAGACAAUCCAACAGAGAGGUUUCUUUGGCCUGUACAGAGGUUUGAGUGUUUUGCUGUACGGAAGUAUACCAAAAUCGGCGGCUAGGUUUGGAGCAUUCGAAACAUUACGUGGUCAUUUGGCUGAUGAAAAUGGCCAAUUAAGUACUUCCGGGAAAUUGUUGGCUGGCUUGGGAGCUGGUGUAUGUGAAGCUGUGUUGGCUGUAACACCCAUGGAGACCAUUAAAGUGAAAUUUAUUAACGAUCAGCGUAGCGCCAAACCUCAAUAUAAAGGAUUUGCUCAUGGUGUAGGCUGUAUUAUUAAAGCAGAAGGUAUUAGCGGCAUUUACAAGGGUUUGACACCCACCAUCUUAAAGCAGGGUUCCAAUCAAGCAAUUCGUUUCUUCGUCAUGGAAUCUCUUAAGGAUAUGUAUAAGGGAGAUGACAAAAACAAACAUGUUCCUAAAUUAUUGGUUGGUGCAUUCGGUGCGUUUGCCGGUGCUGCAUCUGUGUUCGGUAACACUCCUUUGGAUGUGGUCAAGACACGUAUGCAAGGCUUAGAAGCUGCCAAAUAUAAAAAUACCGCCGAUUGUGCCAUGCAAAUUUGGAAGAAUGAAGGUGUUACCGCCUUCUACAAGGGCACAGUGCCUCGUCUAGGUCGUGUCUGUCUCGAUGUAGCCAUAACAUUCAUGAUUUACGACUCAUUUAUGGAUUUAUUCAACAAGGUGUGGAAAGACUAAAUGAUUUCAUCAAUUUAAUGCAACUUAAUUAUGUACUUUUUAAGUUUAUUUCUUUUACAAAUUAAUAUAUUGUUGACUAUACUAGUCAAUAUCCAGCUAGUUACCUUUUAGUUAAAAUAAUAAUUACAUUUUUAUAAUGAAUGUUUGUGUGUGUGUGUAUAUGCAUGUAGAUAAUGUUUUUUAAGUUUUACACUAUUCCAAUUAAACGAAACACUUGUUCAGACGAAAAACAUUCUUUGUAAAUUGCAUUUAAAUAAAUAUUAGUAGGGGUUUUCAAGUAAUCAAAUAAAUGCUUUGUAAAGCAAAAUUUAUUUACACAAAAAUGUAUAUAUACAUUUACAAAUUGUGUAAACUUAUACGGUUAAAUGAAUAUCCCUAUUAUACAGUACUAUUUAUUUAUACUAUAUAUUUUUUUUACUUAAACAUUUCUGUUUAUUACUUUUGAAAACAUAAACAAUUCUACAAUAAUAAAGUAGUUGCAAACAACCAUGUAUAAAAAUUAUAAUAAUAAAUAUGUAUCUAUAUGUAUGUA